AUGGGCCGGACAGGGGAACAGCGCGCUAACGGCGCCGGGUCCGAGGCCGGGGCCGGGGCCGGAUCCACCAACGGUACGAAUGCCGGCACGGCUCCGGCGAACGGCCAUGGAUUCCCGUUUCCAUCAGCUGGAACCCCUUCCGCGUUACAAGCCCUCCUUCCAGAAGUUGAGGGGCUAGAAGUACUCGGCCGGGAUCCCGAGACCACAAGCCACAAUGGACACCACGACUCCUCGGGUAGCUCGCCCAAUGGCGCCACCACCAGAACCACCACCACCAAAAAGAAAUUCACCACCCCCGUCUUCACGCACGCCUUCUCCACCUUCGACCGGCAGAACCCGCAUGCCGCCAACUCGCCCUUCCACGGCUUCUUCACGCUGUUCUGGAUGGCCGUGUUCCUGUUCGUGGUCAAGAUCGCCGCCGACAACUGGCGCCGCCACGGCAGCAUCCUGGGCACCAACGAGAUUAUGCGGGGGAUGUUUGGCUGCAAGCGCGAGGUGGUGGUGUUGUUGGUGGCGGAUGGGGUUAUGUGUGGGCUUACCGGGGUCGGGUGGGUGUUGCAGAGUGUGGUGGUGGGGAGGGGGUGGGUGGAUUGGGAUCGGGGGGGUUGGGUGGUGCAGAAUAUCUGGCAGACGGCGUUCAUUGGCGGCGUGGUCGGGUUCACGAGAUUGAGAGACUGGCCGUGGACGCAUACCGUGUUUUUUGUGCUGCAUGGCCUGGUCAUGCUCAUGAAGCAGCACUCAUAUGCGUUUUACAACGGGCAUCUGAGCUCCGUGUACAAGCAGCGUAAGUUGUUGUUGGCUAAGAUCAAGGAGCUUGAACGGAUCUCGCCGGUCACGUCCCCGUCAACGACUGGGCCGCCCGCGGCGGAUAUCGACACGGCACAUCUCGCCAGGGUCCCGUCCGCGAGGGAGAGGCGGCAGUCCCUGCCACAUGAAAACGUUUUGGAUAUUGGGCGGAUUGUGGCGGCCAUCGACUCGCGCGAACCGCUCGAUGGGGAGCAGGUGCAUGUCUUUGAGCGGGUGCUGAAAUGGGAGGUGGAUGCGCUGUCGGAUGAGCUUAGGGGCAAGUCGACAAAACCAGGCCGCGAGUACCCCAACAACCUGACUCUGUGCAGCCACUACGAGUACGUUGUCCUGCCGACGGUGGUUUACGAGCUCGAGUACCCGCGCUCCGAGUCUAUCAACUGGUACUAUGUCGCCGAAAAGGCCGCGGCGUGCUUCGGUAUCAUUUUUGUCAUGAUCAUGAUCUCGCAGGCUUUCAUCUACCCCGUCGUCAUGACCACGGUGCGCAUGAAGGAGGAGGGCGUUCCGUUGGCCGGCCGGUUCCGCGAGUUCCCUUGGAUGCUGCUGGACCUGGUUUUCCCCUUCUUGAUGGAGUACCUGCUGACCUGGUACCUCAUUUGGGAGACCAUCCUCAACUUCCUGGCGGAGCUGACCUACUUUGCGGACCGCAGCUUCUACGACGCGUGGUGGAAUUGUGUCUCGUGGGACCAGUUCGCGCGGGACUGGAACCGCCCUGUGCAUAAUUUCCUGCUAAGGCAUGUCUAUCACAGUUCCAUCUCGGCCAUGAAGGUCGACAAACACACGGCCACGCUCAUCACCUUUUUCUUGUCGGCCUGUGUACACGAGCUGGUUAUGUGGUGCAUCUUCAAGAAGCUGAGGGGUUACCUGCUAGUUUUGCAGAUGUGCCAGCUGCCGCUGGUAAGGCUCAGCCGGACGAAAUGGCUCCGGAACCGGGCAACGCUGGGAAAUGUGAUCUUCUGGUUGGGUAUUUUCACGGGACCCAGUGUCCUUUGUAGUCUGUACCUGAUCUUGUGA